UAAUAUACCUUUUAAAGAAAUGUUGUAAAAUGUUGUUCUUAAUUUUUCAUACUGUAGUAAAUUUAUUAACCGAAGGAAAUUUAUUUAGUUAAAAUAAUUUAAUAAAUUAGUUGCAAGUUUAAAUUUUUUAGAAGAUUUUACUGAUAAUGAAAAUAGAUCAUGACUAUAGUUGGACAAUAUCUGAGUUAAACAUUGAUGGAAAGAAAUAUUCAUAUUGUGAUUUGAAAAAAUUAAACGAUGAAAGAGUCAAUUUUCUCCCAUUUUCUAUUCGUGUGCUGUUAGAAUCAGUUAUACGUAAUUGUAAUGGGAUUCAAAUCAAGAAAAAUGAUGUUGAAAAUAUUAUAAACUGGAGGAACACCCAACACGAGAAUGUUGAGGUUCUAUUUUGUCCUGCAAGAGUUGUUCUGCAAGAUUUUAGCUCUAUACCUGCCUUGAUAGAUUUUGCUUCUAUAAGGGAUGCUGUUGAUCGGCUUGGUGGUGAUCCAUCAAAAGUAAAUCCUAUAACACCUGCUGACCUUAUAAUUGAUUACCCAGUUCAAGCAGAAUACUUUCAAAGUUCUGACUCCCUUAAAAAAAAUCAAGAAAUGGAGUUUGAGAGAAGCAGAGAGUUGUUUCAGUUUUUAAAGUGGAGUUCAAAAGCUUUUCAAAAUCUGCGUAUUAUUCCCCCUGGUUCUGGAUUUGUUCAUCAGGUAAAUAUGGAAUACCUUGCCAAAGUGGUAUUUUCUAAUAAUGAAAUGUUGUAUCCUGAUUCUCUAGUUGGUGCUGAUUCUCAUUCAAUGAUGAUCAAUGGGCUCGGAAUAUUGGGAUGGGUUGUUGGAGGCAUUGAAGCAGAAUCUGUUAUGUUGGGAAAGGCUGUUGCUAUGACUAUACCAAAAGUGAUCGGCUAUAAAAUUAGUGGAGUUUUAAAUCCAUAUGUGACAUCUACAGAUAUUGUAGUUGCUAUAACAAAGCAUCUACGUCAAGCCGGAGUUGCUGGAAAGUUUGUUGAGUUUUUUGGUUCAGGAGUUGUUUCUUUAUCAAUAGCUGAUAGAGCAACUAUUGCUAAUAUGUGUCCUGAGUAUGGUGCCCAAGUUGGAUUUUUCCCUACUGAUAAUGUUGCUCUGUUGUAUUUAAGACAAUCAGGUCACUCAGAAGAAGAGAUAAAAUAUAUAGAGUAUUAUUUAAAAGCCAAUAAUAUGUUUCGUGAUUACAACAAUGAAGAACAAGAUCCUAUUUUUACAGAGGUUUUGGAAAUGGACCUAGCCAAUAUUAUUCCAACAUUUUCUGGCCCCAAGCGACAAAAUGAUAGAGUAGAGGUGAAGGAAUUAAAUAAUGAUUUUAAAAGAUGUCUAAAUGAGAAAAUUGGAUUUAAAGGAUUUGGAGUUCCAUUAAAUAGACACAAUGCUUCUGCUUCAUUUAUGUAUAAUAAUAAUCAGUUUACAAUAAAACACGGUUCGAUCGUUAUGUCAUCUAUAUCAAGUUGUACUAACACAAGUUGCCCUUCUGUAAUUCUUGGUGCUGGCUUGUUAGCUAAAAAUGCAGUAAAAGCAGGUCUUUCGCUCAAACCUUAUAUUAAAGCCAGCAUUAACCCAGGAUCAGCUGUUGUCAGCUGUUAUCUUCAAGAAAGUGGAGUUGAACAGUAUCUUAGAAGUCUAGGAUUUGAUAUUAAAGCAUUUGGUGUGAAUGAAAAAUUUGAACCUCUUCCUAAAGAGGUAUCUUGUGCUAUAAAAUCUGGUGAAUUAGUGACUUGUGGUCUUCUUUCUGGCAAUCGCAACUUUGAAGCCCGUGUGCAUCCUCUUGUAUCUGCUAACUAUCUUGGUUCUCCAUUGUUAGUAAUUGCAUAUACUAUUGCUGGAACAAUUGAUAUAAACUUUGAAAAGGAACCAAUAGGUCAUAAUAACAAUGGUGAACCAAUUUAUUUAAAUCAAAUAUGGCCAACACGAGAAGAAAUACAGGAGACUGAGAUCAAAUGUAUUAUUCCAUCCUUGUUUCAUCAAGUUUUCUUAUCAGUAAAUAAUGAAAAUAAUGCUUGGAACAAGUUAAAAACUGCUGACUCAUUAUUUUUUCCAUGGGAUUAUCGCUCAACUUACAUACGGAAUGUUCCAUUCUUUGACCAAUUGACUUUAGAAGUACCAAUUAUAAAAAGUAUUGAGAAUGCUUCUGUAUUGCUUAAAUUUGGAGACGUUGUCACAACAGAUCAUAUAUCACCAGCUGGAAUGAUUGCAAGAAAUUGCCCUGCAGCAAAGUAUCUGGCAAGUUAUGGUUUAUCUUCAAAACAAUUUAAUUCAUAUGGAUCGCGAAGAGGAAAUGUUGAAGUAAUGGCACGAGGAACCUUUGGAAACAUUCGUAUUUUCAACAAAAUUAUUGGAAAAGUUGGUCCUAGAACUAAACACUGGCCAUCAGGUGAUGAGAUGGAUAUUUAUGAAGCUGCUGAGCGAUAUAAAAGAGAAAAUAAAGAUUUGGUUGUGUUAGCAGGAAAAGAAUAUGGAUGUGGAUCUUCAAGAGACUGGGCUGCAAAAGGACCUUGGAUGCAGGGAAUUAAAGCAGUGAUUGCAGAGAGUUUUGAUCCUACACAUAAAAGUAAUCUUAUAGGCAUGGGUAUUGCUCCUUUAGAGUUUUUAGAAGGUCAGUCAUCUGAAACUCUUGGGUUAACAGGCAAAGAAAAUUUCAAUAUCGAAAUUACUGAAGAAGUUAAACCAAAUAGUAUUGUCAAUGUUAAGCUUGACAACGGUCGAACCUUUCAAGUCAAAUCCCGUUUUGAUUCGGACCUAGACAUAUUGUAUUAUCGUCAUGGAGGAAUAUUAAAUUAUUUUGUACGAAAUCUUUGUAAAGACUUUAAAUUCUCUUUGUAAAUACUUUGUCAAGUGUUUUAAUCUAACAGAUUGCUUUUAAAAAAAUGGACGACGAGUAGAAAAGAUUUUAAAAAUCUUUUUUUAUUUAAAUACGGACGCAAUUUUACUAUAAUUCUUAUUUUCAUACUAAAUCUGAAUACAAUGUUUUUUUUUUUU